UCACGUGAUCCGUCUCUUAAAGCUUCUUGUCCGGACACAUCCUGUGCAUUACACAUAACAGACAUAUGUAGGCGUGCAUACACACUGAAGACGUGAACAGUGGCAAAAUAUAAAUCAAAUAAACAACAGAGCCGAAGACACUGAACAGGUGACCGAAUAGCGCAAGUUUUCUAAAAUGUGUGGGAGAACUGCGUGCACCCUGGCCCCCGACGAGGUGAGCCGAGCCUGCCGCUACAGAGACCGAAAAGGGCGGCUCCGACAGCCCAGGUGGAGGGAUGGAGAUGCGGAUAAAUAUCGACCCUCCUACAACAAGAACCCCCAGUCCAUGAGUCCCGUCCUGCUGUCAAAGAGGCAUUUUGACAAGAGUGCAUCUGUGGAUAAGUGUGUGCUGGCUACUAUGCGCUGGGGCCUGAUACCUGCCUGGUUUGGGGAAAAUGACCCAAGCAAGAUGCGGUAUAGCACCAGUAACUGCCGCAGCGACGGUCUACUGGUAAAGAAAUCCUACAAGGAGCCCCUGCUUAAAGGACAGCGCUGUGUCGUCCUGGCUGAUGGCUUCUAUGAGUGGAGGACACAGGAUAAAGUCAAGCAGCCUUUCUUCAUCUACUUUCCUCAGACUCUGGGAUCCACUGGGGGGAAGACAGAUGGUCCCUCGACUCCAUUUCCCCACAAGGAGAAUGUAGAGAUAUCCUGCACUCCAGAGGAGGCUGCCCCUGACCUGAAUGAGGAAGGCAGAGAGACAAAAGAGUGGACUGGCUGGAAGUUACUGACUAUGGCGGGACUGUUUGACUGCUGGACUCCCCCAGAUGGUGGAGAUCCCCUUUAUUCCUACAGUAUCAUCACUGUGGAUGCUUCCCCCAAUCUGGAAGGCAUCCAUCACAGGAUGCCAGCAAUUCUGGACGGAGAGGAAGAAGUGAGAAGUUGGCUCGAUUUUGGUGAGGUGAAGUCUUCACAGGCCAUGAAGCUGCUCCAGCCAAAGAACAUUUUGACCUUUCACCCCGUCUCGUCACUUGUCAACAGCACACGCAACAACUCCCCGGAGUGCCUGCAGCCACUAGAUCUUCAGAGCAAAAAGGACGUGAAGCCCAAAGGCAGCAGUAAGAUGAUGAGCUGGCUGAAGAGCAGCACACCUUCAAAGAGGAAGGAACCGAGCAGCUGUGAGACUACAGGAGAGGAGGAAAGCAAAGCCAAGACUCCGCGCAAGUCUGCAGGGCCUCUUCAGCAGUGGCUUCAUGGAGCCAGUAAAAAACCUCGGACCAAAUGAAGACAUGGACUGCAUCCAAAAAUCUUCAUUAUUCAGAUCACAUUUAUGCCUUAUCUUUUGUAUUUUGACUUAUUAGCUAAUUUGAGUUUGAGAUGACAUGCAUGUCCUAGUUGUUUGUUAUUAAUUGCUAAAUAUUUUAUAAAACUAACAAAGACUUACGGUUAGUGCUGGUGCAAAGUGACAGUUUUACACUUUCAUUCAGAUGUCAAUAAAUGUCCAAAAAAAUAAACACAAUAUGCUUUAUUCAAGA